UUUCCCUUCACUCACCACAGACAUUCUAAUGGCAACAACCGAAGAAACCGAACCAACAUGGCCACAACUUUUGGGAAGCAACAACUGGGAAGGGCUCUUGAACCCUCUUAACCUCAACCUCCGAAACCUUAUUCUCCGUUGUGGUGACUUCAUCCAAGCCACCUACGACGCCUUUAUCAACGACCAAAACUCCAUCUAUUGCGGUUCAAGCCGCUUCGGCAAAACCUCCUUCUUCCACAAGGUCAUGCUCGAAAACCCAACACACUACACCGUCACCUCAUUCCUCUACGCCACCGCACGUGUCUCCGUCCCAGAAGCCUUCGUCCUCCACUCGUUGUCACGUGAGUCAUGGGACCGCGAGUCCAACUGGAUCGGCUACAUCGCCGUCACCUCCGACGAAGUCACCGAAGCUUUAGGCCGCCGUGAAAUUUACGUCGCGUGGCGCGGCACAACCAGAGAUUUCGAAUGGAUCAACGUGCUUGGUGCUGCUCCUGAAUCAGCAAAAGGGUUAUUGAGUACUAAAAGCCUCAACGAGUUCAACAAGGGUAACGGUAAUAGUAAUAACAGUAGUAGCAGCGAUGAUGAUGAGGAUGAUGAGAGAAUGCCAAAAGUGAUGAGGGGAUGGUUAACAAUCUACACCUCAGAUGACCCAAAAUCUUCUUUUACGAAAACAAGUGCGAGAACACAGGUUUUGAACAAGGUGAAGGGUUUGUUAGAGGUUUACAAGGAUGAGAAUCCUAGUGUGGUGUUAGUGGGGCAUAGUCUUGGUGCGAGUUUAUCAAUUUUGUGUGCUUUUGAUUUGGUGGAAAAUGGGGUCAUUGAUGUUCCUGUUGCUGCUAUUGUAUUUGGGUCUCCUCAAGUGGGGAACAAGGCUUUCAAUGAGAGGUUAAACAAAUUUCAUAAUUUGAAUGUUUUGCAUGUGAGGAAUAAGAUUGAUUUAAUACCACAUUAUCCGGGGAGGUUAUUGGGGUAUAAAUAUACGGGUGUGGAGUUGGAGAUUGAUACAAGAAAAUCGCCGAGUUUGAAGCAUUCGACGAAAACGGAUGAUUUGCAUAACUUGCAGGGUAUGUUGCAUGUGGUGGCAGGGUGGAAUGGGGCUGAUGGGGAAUUUGAGAUGAAGGUGAAGAGAAGCUUGGCUUUGGUGAAUAAAUCGUGUGAUUUCUUGAAGGAUGAAUGUCACGUGCCUGGGUCAUGGUGGGUGGAGAAGAAUAAAGGUAUGGUGCGUAGGGAUGAUGGUGAGUGGGUUUUGGAUGAUCCCGAUGAUGAGGACCUCCCUGUGCCUGAAGAUUGAUUGGGUGGGAGAUCACGGUAUCAUGCUUUAUUUUUAUUUUUAUUUUGUCCGUUGUGUUUGUAACUCUUUUUUAUUCUCUGUAUCUCUGUAUGUGACUCGAAUAAUAAACAUUUGCAUCGUUUGGAAGGUUUUUUUUUUUUUUUGUUACAGUUAUUGUAUUUUAGGGAUCUA